AUGAAAAUUCGCUCACCAAGACCGUAUCUCAAAUGUAGUUUAAAAUUUGAUUGGCACAUACCUAAUGAUAAGGAUUCGACUGAAGUGCUUCAGUAUUUGAGUAACUGGCUGGUUGAGAAGGGUUUUAAACGAAAAGCGAAGCUUAAAAGUUGGAAUCCGAGGGAAAAGAAUGUUGAAAAGUCGGAUGUGAAGAAGGUUGAAGUUGAGAUACAGACGCCUUCUUGUUCACUGAAGGAUUUGGCAUCUGGUAGCUGUGAUCCAGAAGAUAGUGCGACAAAAUUAGUACAGCAAAACGUGCCUAAGGUUGCGUCGAUUGGUCUUAGAUCGGUUCUAAGAGGAAUGGACAAAGAUUUGUUUUCCAUUGUCUUCUUCGAUUUGGGAGUUAUACAGCCGUCUGCCGUGGGUACCUGUCUGGGCUUAUAUGCUUUAAACUGUUCGAAGACCAAGGUUUAUGUUUUGAGAAAUAUGAGUGAAUCGCUUAAGAAACCGCUUAAUAUGGGAAGAAUAAAUGCAUUAGGCAUAUCUACUGGGUAUGAAGACGCUGGCUUGUUCAAUUUGGUAGAUACUUUACUAACUCCUGUUGAGCGGGCAAACUCGAGAAAGAAGGAAAAGAGGAAGAAUGUUUUGCAACCAGUGGAGGCUUUCGUUCCAGUUGGAAAGAAGAAAGUUCGCCGGAAUCGUAGGAAGAAAAAAGUUGUGUUGUCGUUUGGUUGA